UUAAAUUGAUUCAAUUUUUCAGUCAUCUAUCAGAGUUGUUCCAAUAAUUGGGUUUAGGGUUAGCCACAAAUAUGAGCGCAAAUAAUCCUAGAAGAAGGAAUUCGCGUGUUCGAAACAUUCAAGAUUCUGUAGCUGGUGUAACAUCCAGUGCAGAAGACUUGUCCACGUCUAAGGCGUUAGUUCUAGUUGCCAUUAUAUUUAUAUCCUCACUGUUGGCUUUGGGUCUCCUAUACAAACAAUUCCCUGACUUAGAAGAAGAUGAACAAAAGCACUUGCAUUUGCCAUGGGACCUUGAGGAUGCCAAACAACUAGGUUUAGUUCUAGACCGAUAUAAGGAGAAAUAUUUUUAUGAAGUAUUAUUUGGAGUCUUCUUAGUUUACAUAUUUUUGCAAACAUUUGCAAUACCUGGAUCAAUUUUUUUAAGUAUUCUUUCAGGGUUUUUGUUCCCAUUAUUAGCAUUACUUCUGGUAUGCUGUUGUUCAGCCAUUGGUGCAAGUUUAUGUUUCUUCCUAUCCAACCUUCUUGGUAAGAAGUUGGUGAAGAGAUUCUUUCCGGAGAAAGCAGCACAAUGGGCAAGAGCAGUGACGAAGCACAGUAAUAACUUGCUCAACUACAUAAUAUUUUUGAGGGUGACACCGUUUUUACCAAACUGGUUUAUAAAUAUGUCAGCACCUGUGAUUGGUGUGCCAUUAAUGCCAUUUGCACUUGGAACAUUUAUUGGCGUGGCGCCGCCAUCGUUUGUGGCAAUCCAAGCUGGACAGACCCUGCACACACUGACGUCCACCAGCGACGCGUGGUCGUGGACGUCUGUCACAGUCCUCAGCGUAUUCGCACUAGUCUCCUUAAUACCAGUAUUCCUUAAAGACAAGUUGAAAGCAAAGUUUGAAUGAAAGUAUAGUAGUUGAUUUUUAGUUAAUUUUAUUUAUUUUGUUAAUAAAUUGGUGUUUUGUACAUUCCA